AUGAAGAUCACCGCUGUAUCUCACCUGCUCUCCCUCACGGCUACACUCCUCACCUGGGGCUCCCCCCUCGUUGCUGGCGGACCCACACCCCCUAGCCUCGCCGCCCGCGACGACGCCAUCAGGCGAUUUGAGUCGCGCUUCAUCGAUGAAUCCAGUACCAGGUACGAGCAUAGCAACAUGACAGUCAAGCUAGUUGGCUACAAGAAGAUCAUCAUGACGCCCGACGCCCGCGCGGACUUGGAGGAAAACAUCCGACAGCGUCCGGACGAGUGGGAGGCUUUCACCAACGCCUACUACGACCCUCACGAGAAGACGAUGCGCAUCUACUUCCCUGUCGAAGGCGCGCUUCUGUACCACCACGGGGAACUCAUCGAGGCGAGCUCGCUGGGCGAGUAUCCCCACGAGAUGAUCGGCGGUGACUGUGCCGUCGUUGGGAGGUAUCAAACGGACCAGGUCACCGGCCUUGCCUGGAACAAGAUCAAGGACGGCAUCAUCCACCUCGACGAGCCGAGCCUGCCGGUGCGGCAGUACGGCAACAUCUUCGUGUACGACCUCGGGUGGCGCGAGGGCGGCCAUGACCACCAUCGCGGCAGGAAACGAGCGGAGGGGCAUGGGGGCUCGUGCAAGCAGAACCACGGGGGGAAGGUCUGCUCGCAGGUGUAUAAAAUCAACCAUGGCCGCUGCCCUCGUGAUUACAGCGGUUGCAUAGAUUACAACGGCUGGCCGAAGAAGGAUUGCAACAAUCAUAGCAACAAGUGGGCCUUCCCCGGCAGCGACUGCUUCACGUCCGUGGCUAGGGGGCAUUGCUGGAGUGAGAUUCCGGAUAAACGAUAA